AUGGCUUCAAAUGCCCCUCCUGCGUACGCAGAAUCAAAUGGCCAGCCGCUGACCGACGACGCUCCGCCAAUCUACGAUGAAUCAACCGGCACGCUUGACGUGAACCAGAAUGGGCUCAGCGCUCAAACCCAAGUUACAAACGAUGGGCGAGUUGAUAUACGCAUAAAUGAGUCCGAUACACGGCUGGCCCAAGAAAUCGAGCAGAUUCAGCUUGCGGCUCAGCAACAAGCCCCUGACUACCGCCCAGCCUCUGCACAUACACCUUCAUACUUUGGCAAGCCCUCCCAACCUCCACCCCCUCUGAACAUCGUGAUCCAUGUAGUUGGUUCACGGGGAGACGUCCAGCCAUUCGUUGCGUUGGGACAGGUGCUCAAGAAUAACUACGGGCAUCGCGUACGCCUAGCUACACAUGGGACAUUCAAGAUGUUCGUUGAGGAAAAUGGGUUGGAGUUUUUUGAGAUUGGAGGUGAUCCGGCGGAACUCAUGGCGUUUAUGGUCAAGAAUCCGGGAUUGAUUCCCGGAAUGAAGUCAUUGAAGGAAGGGGAUGUUGGCAAGAGACGGAAGGGUAUUGCCGAGAUUCUCGAGGGGUGUUGGAGAUCGUGUGCUGAUGUUGAUGAGGCAAAGGAGGAUGGAGAUGGUCCGAAGACAAGACCGUUCAUUGCAAAUGCUAUCAUUGCGAACCCGCCCAGCUUUGCGCAUAUUCACUGUGCAGAGAAGCUGGGUGUUCCUUUACAUUUGAUGUUCACCAUGCCGUGGUCUCCCACCCAUGACUUCCCUCAGCCCAUAGCCAACAUCAAGUCGUCCAAUGCUAGCGGAAGUGUGACAAAUGAGCUGAGCUACACAUUAGUUGAGAUGAUGACCUGGCAGGGACUAGGUGGCAUUAUCAACAAAUUCAGAACAGAUACGCUAGAUCUUGGAUCGCUCUCGCAGGCGGCAGGAACUACUGUGCUGCACCGACUACGAAUACCGUAUACGUAUUGUUGGAGUCCUGCCCUGAUUCCCAAACCCAAAGAUUGGGGUCCUCACAUCUCCAUUUCUGGUUUCUAUUUCCUCUCCCUUGCGUCCAAUUACCAACCUGACGCCGACCUCGCCGACUUCCUAGCAGCUGGCCCACCUCCUGUAUAUAUUGGCUUCGGGUCUAUUGUGGUCGAAGACCCGAAUGCUAUGACCAAGUUGAUCUUUGAAGCCGUCGAGAAGACGGGUCAGCGAGCUUUGGUUUCUAAAGGUUGGGGCGGGUUUGGUGGCAACGAGUUGAGUAGACCUGAUGGCGUUUUUAUGCUGGGAAAUUGUCCUCAUGAUUGGCUUUUCAAGCACGUUUCGUGUGUGGUUCAUCAUGGUGGAGCAGGAACCACAGCAGCGGGCAUCGCGCUCGGAAGGCCUACCGUCAUUGUUCCGUUCUUUGGCGACCAGCCAUUCUGGGGGGCAAUGGUAGCUCGUGCUGGGGCAGGGCCGUCCCCGAUCACGUUCAAAGAGCUCGACGCCGAGGGACUUUCGAAAGCGAUUCUGAAGGCACUCGAGCCCGAAACGCUAGAGCGGGCAAAAGAGCUUGGAGAGCGCAUUCGUGAAGAGAAAGGAUGCGAGGCUGGCGCUGCUAGCUUUCAUAAGCAGUUGGACGUGGAUCGAUUGCGCUGUUCAAUGUGUCUGGACAAAGUCGCUGUCUGGCGGGUCAAAACAAAGGGCUCAAAAGAAAAUGUCAGACUAAGUGCCUUCGCGGCGACUGUACUGGGCGAUGAAGGCAUCCUAGACGUCAAUCAGCUGGAAUUGUAUCGACCAUACGAGUACCCCGUCGAAGAGCAUUUCGUCGUAUCAAAUCUGAGCGGACCAACACCCUUUAUGAGCACUGUCGGCAGCGUCAGCUCUUAUGUCAUCAACUUUCCCGUCCAACUCGGCAAAGCCUAUGUAGGUGUCGUAAGAGAGCCUUACAAAGGCGCCAAGGAGAACGGCUGGCGUGGCUUCGGUAAAGGCCUAGGUAAAGGUCUUGCGGGUGUCCUCCUUCGCCACAGAGGCCUCGUUAUACGAGGCACACAGUUUGGCGUUCGGGCUAUAUACAACGCUCUUAAGAAGCGCUUUGGCACUGGUACCCUCAGCUUUAUACUUGCGGCCAACUUUGCGCAGGGUUUCGAGGAGGUUAGCUCGUCUACGGAAGAGGAGCGCUUUGACGUGCUGAGACGAUGGCAGGAAUUGGCGCCGCAACUGAAGAAGUAA